AUGCCUCAGUCAUGUAAAGACAUCCGAGCCGCGCUGGCAUUCUGCCUGCAGAACAGCGACUGCAUCAUGGUGGAGCGGAAUAGCCCCGGCGAAUGUCUGCGCCCACCACUCAAAUACACCCUCCCGACACAGUGCCAACAGCUGCAGAAGGGCUAUGCAGAGUGCAAGAAAGGCAUGAUCGAUAUGCGCAAGCGAUUCCGUGGCAACCGACCCAUCGCCGUCCAAGGGCAGCUCGAGACGGGCGCAUUCGGGCAAGGAAGAUCGAUGGAGGACGAGAAGGCAGGAACUAUAGAGGAGAAGGGUUACAUGCUGUAUGCAGGUCGGCCAACGAAAGAUGUACCAGAGACCAAGGGAGACGAAGAUCCAGAGAACAAGGAAUUGGACCGGUUGAGGAAAGAAUGA